GUGCAAGAGACAUACGCGCCCGAAGGUCCCGGCUCAGGCUGCCCACUGAGCAGCCUCAACCUGUCGCACAAUGCCUUCGAGAGGCUGCCUCCGAUGCUGGCCUGCAGGUCUCCCCACUUGGCUCGAUUGAACCUAAGCUACAACGGCCUGGCCUCACCCGGCGAGCUGAGGUUCUACCCCGUUAGUCUGCGCCACCUCGACCUGUCGUCCAAUCGAUUGGCAGUGUGGUGGCUGCCGGCCACAAGUGACACCACCUGUGCCGCAACCGGUGGAAGUUGCCUUCACCGGAGCCAUUGGCGGCUGGAGAACCUGCGCACGCUACUGUUGGCCAGCAAUCAGCUGCCUGGGCUCCAAGGUCUGGUGGGGCAGCAAGACGGGAGCGACUCCAAGGAGGUGCCGCUCUUCCCAAAUCUGUCCAUGCUGGACGUGAGCAACAACCUGCUGUGCGACGUGCCGGCCACGCUGUCUGAGCUCGGCUCCCUCUCGGUGUUGAACCUGAGCGGGAAUCCGGGCAUCAUUGAGCUUCCCCCGCAGCUUGGCCUUUUGUCCAAGCUGUGGAACCUGAACCUGCGUGGAUGCAGCUUGCACGAGCCACUGGCGUCCAUGGUGCGCUCGACGCGCUACCGCACUACCGACCUCGUGGGAUACCUCAAGUCCAUUCUCCAGGAUGCUCGGCCAUACACCAGGAUGAAGUUGAUGAUAGUGGGCGUGCAAGGCAUCGGAAAGACGUCUCUUCUGGAGCAGUUGCGGCAGGAAGGCACGGGCUCGUACCGGAAGCGGCCUCCCGAACACUGGGGCAAGAGAGUGGGCCACAGGGGCCUCGGUCUGAAGACGCCCAGGGGGGUAAUGCUGUCCACUGUCGGCGUGGACCUGGGCGACUGGACACUGAAGGGACGACACGGUCCUGUCACAUUCCGUACGUGGGACUUUGGUGGCCAGAAAGAGUACUAUGCCACCCACCAGUACUUCCUGUCGAAGCGCUCCCUGUACUUGGUGGUGUGGCGUAUAACUGACGGUGAACGAGGUGUCCAAGGCAUCCACCAAUGGCUCAUCAACAUCCAAGCGCGUGCUCCAAAUGCCCCCGUGUUGGUAGUGGGCACACACCAGGACCUGGUGAAAGAGUGCCUCCCAGAUGGCUACGCGGAGGAGUUGCAGGCACUGAUCCGCAGCCGCUUCCUGGGCGUGGUGGAUGCGGACAAGUGCGGCCUCCCGCGCGUGCUCGACUCCCUGGAAGUUAGCUGCCGCACGCGGCACAACAUCCGGCACCUCUGCCAGCUCAUCUACGACGUGGCCUUUGACAUGCGCUGUCCAGGUAGCAAAGAGCGUCUUUUGGAGCAGCGCAUCCCAGCCACCUACUUGGCCCUGGAAGACGUUGUGGGAAGCCUGGCUCUUGAGCGGCGGCUUCAGGGAAAGGAACCCGUUUUGCAUGCCGAGCAGUAUCGGAUGUUGGUGAUGCACGAACUGCAUCAGAAGUUUGACUGCUGCUUUCGCGACAUGGCAGAGCUCAACCAGGCCACCUCAUUUCUGCACGACAAUGGUGUACUUCUACAUUACGAAGAUGCCACACUCAAGGACCUGUACUUCUUGGAUCCACAGUGGCUUUGCGACGUGUUGGCCCACGUAGUCACUGUGCGUGAGAUCAACCCUUUUGCACGCAAUGGCAUCAUGCGCUUGGAAGACCUGCAGCACUUGUUCCGAAGUGCUGAAACACGCAGCUACUUGCUGAGCCUGCUGAACAAGUUUGAAGUGGCGUUGACCUGGGACGGCCGCAGCCUGCUCAUUCCGUCUUUGUUGCCUUCCGAAGAGCUGCUUCGCUGUGGCCUGCCGGGAGCCGACGUCCGGGUGCCCGUGAGGUCCCGAGGCUGGGGCCUGCGCUCCGCGAUGACUCGAGGAAACUCGGCUGGCGCCGCGCAGACACCAGGGAGUGGCGGAUGCACACUGAGGGUGCUCGCUGCGAGCCGGGAACAGCCCGCAGUGCAGCGGCUCGUGCUGCUCUCGUACCUGCCCAGUGGUUUCUGGGCGCGCCUUAUCACUCGCCUGCUGGCUGAUGACCAGGUGGUGGAAGCACUUCGCGGCUACCUGGCCCCACCACGCGGCUGGGAGAAGGAUCCAGGCCUUGCUGCUGCACUGUCGCAGCGCGCCGAGUGGCUCUGCUGGCAGACCGGACUUGAACUACGACAUGCACAGGCUGUAGUCCUGCGUCUGCGUGAAGUGGUGUCAGGCGGUGCGCCCUGUGACCUGCUCGGUGCCCGUCCACGCGUGCGCCUGGAAGGCCACUGGAGCCCUGUAGAGACUCAGGGUGCAGUCGCUCUGCUGCUGGAGCUUCCAUUGGAGAGGCGGCAGUGGGGCCCUGCAUUGCUGCUGCCGCGCAUGGAGAGCGCAACGCAGCUGCUUGCCCUGGCUGCGGACCACGUCGACACCCUACUUGAAGACUGGUACCCCGCUCUGGGCACACGCUUCGUGCACACUUCCCAGGGGCGCUUUCUGGUCACCCGUCUGGUACCGUGCCCUUCUUGUGCCACCGGUCAGGGCUGCAACAUGGCCCCUUCCUCCGGACCACCUUCUCGUGCGAGCACCGAUAGCGGCGUUGUUGACAGCCGUCCUGCGUCGGCAGAGGGAAUGGAGGAAGCAAUCACAGGACCAUACGCCUUCUUGGUGGAAGAAUGCAUUCUGGCAGCCAACGAGCGAGGCGCUGUCACCUGCCCGAUUCACGGAGACUUGCGUCUGGCGCAGUUAGCACCCGACACGGUUUUUCUAGACCUAGGUGAACGCUACCUUGUGCAACCAGACCAGAUACGUAGGGGCCGUAUGCUUGGUCGAGGGGCAUUUGGCUUUGUGUUCAAGGCAACCAUGAAGCAAAGGGGCUCGGGAAAGUUCACAGAGGUCGCCAUGAAGAUGCUUCAGCCAGUAGAACCUGGCUAUGGGGCGCGGCCAUCAGACACUGUUGCCUACAAGGCCGCACGCGCCCAGUGGCAGCGGGAACCCCUGCAGUAUGCUUGCAAAGCGUACUGCACAGCUCGGCAGGAACUGAGCAUUCUGCUGAGCGUGCGUCACCCACACGUCGUGGCACUACGUGGGGUAUGUCCGCGGCCGCUAGCACUCGUGCUGCAGCUGGCUCCACGCGGAGCGUUGGAUGCCCUCCUUGCCGACUUCCGGCGCUCAGGAGCACACUUGCCUGCAGGCGCACUCCAGAGGAUCCUGUUGCAGGUAGCACGUGCCCUGGAAUACCUUCACCAGCAGCACAUUAUAUACAGAGACCUCAAGUCCGAGAAUGUGCUGGUGUGGGCACUGCCGUUACCUGGGGAACCGGACGGAGGACCCGUGCAAGUACGACUUGCCGACUAUGGAAUCAGCCGAGCCGCCCUGCCCACGGGAACCAAGGGCUUCGGUGGCACCGAGGGGUUCAUGGCACCCGAGAUCAUGCGGCACAAUGGCGAGGAGGAAUACACAGAAAAGGUCGACUGCUUCUCCUACGGCAUGUUUAUGUAUGAACUGCUGACACUACGGCUACCCUUCGAAGGCCAGGACUGCGUUAAAGACCACAUCCUGGAUGGAGGACGACCAGUGCUCACACGUAGAGAAGCACUGAGCUACCCGGGCUAUCUACUGGACCUCAUGGUGUGUUGUUGGGCUCAGCAGCCACGUGAUCGACCGUCGGCGAGCCAACUUGUGUCCAUUGUCAGCGCCGCCGAGUUUGGACAGCUGUUGGAUGUUGUCUCCCUCCCGGGAUCGCAGCCCCUGCUUGCUGCUGUUUCAUUCACGUCUGGAACUGAAGAGGAGCCAUCAUCUGAGCUGUGGCUAGGGCGCACAGACGACCAGGUGAAUCUGCUGACCUGUGACAGCAGCCACUGGCAAGAACUCAAGGUGCUCUCCAUCCCAGCAAUCACCUGCCUGUGUGUUGUCAACAAUGACGUCUGGCUGGGAAGUUCACAAGCAAGAGUGCACAUCUACAGCCAGGACAGCCGUCAAGAGCUGUGCACCGUGAGUCUGCUGGAGGAAGGAGACGAGGAAGUCUCCGUGCGCGCCAUGCAGCACGUCCCGCAAGCCGGCCGUGUUGCCUUGACAGCGGGUUCUCGGCUCUGGCUGUGCGACGAGGUCACUAAAGACCUGCAAGAGCUGGAUGUGCAAGCCGCUCCACUGUGUCUCUGCGUUGCCCAGCCAGACGACAGGCCUGCAGCGGAGCUCUGGUGUGGUGGUUUAGAGGGCAUCCUUACCAUCUACGUGCUGCCCGAGAGUGGACCAGUCUCUGGCCGAGAGGCCCUGGAACACCCAGAUACCGGCACGGUCUCCCAGCUUUGCGCCCAGAACAACACUGCCUGGUCCUACCUCUAUCCAGGUUGCGUGGUGUACCAAUGGGAAUGCAGUUCGCGCACCCUUCUGCACCGGCUGGAUUGUUCCAAGCUUGCACCCUGCUCCGAGAGCCUGCUGUCCAUGAGCAUAGAGGAGCACCUUAGCCGUGGCCGUUGCCAGGUGACGGCCAUGGCCUACGCCAGUGGUGCUCUGUACGUGGGCACUGCCUGGGGCUGCCUGGUGGUAGCCGAGGCAACUGCCCUGAGGCCCCUCACCGUCUUCCGGCCCUUCGAAGAGCCAGUCGACGCCGUGCUGUCGCUGGGCGAACGUGUAGCCGCCCUGGGGAGAGGCUAUCGCAGCCUGCUGGCUCGCUUCCUGCCUAGCGCAACCACUGGAGAAGCCAGUCAGCUCUGCGCUCUCUUGUGGUGCACGGAUGGAUGGGUGCUUCCGUAGUGCCGCUUUCCGUCUCUUCCAGCUCCUCGCUAGAUUCUCCGUAUUUUCGAUUUGCCUGCACUAGCUGAACUACUUAAAGGAAACUGCACCUUGCUUCUUGGUUUACUGUGAUGGGAUGACGGUGCUAGACACGUUGUAUAUGUGUGCAAGAGUCCGGCACAAAGUUACAUUCGAAUUUAGGUUGCGUGCCACUGGCUGAAUGAACUACACCGCGACAACAUGUUUUCUUGAAAUACUGCGAGAAUUUCGUGUUGGAUCUGUGUGCAGAAGACUACAGUGCUGGAUUUCCAUUUCAUGAACUACAAUGUACUGGGAAGAACUCGCACGCAUCUAAUGUGAAAGCCCAUCGUAUGCUCCUGGGUUUCGGGAAAACACUUGACGUGCUCACCACCAGUGGCAUUGCUGCAAGUCGUUGAUGGCAGGAAGAUUGUGGGGAUAUGCUGAACCCUACGAAGUGGAUGUUCAGCUGUCUGUGGUAAAGAAGCUCAAGGAAAGCAUUGUGCCGAUUGGAUGGGUACAAAUGUGCAUUCCAUUAGUGGCACAACAGCGUCCAGCCCUAUAUUUUUACUGCUAACUACAGAUGAAAAAAAAAGCAUUGGAUUUUGGAGCUCUGGCUACAAGAUGACAGAGGCAGUUGUAUCAACGCACGUUGGCAGUUUUCGCAGGCAUCUUCUGCCACAAGAUUCCUCGCCUCCCCGAGCAGCUGUUUAAUUCGCAUGACCACAGAGCGCGUGAUACCGCUGUGUUGUGUUGUGCCUGCAGAGACUAGACUGUUAUGGCGCAAUAGCUUUGUGGAGUUUGCUCGCUUUAGAAACUAUUUAUUUUGCAGACAUUUAUCUGAAAGGGUGUUUUAUUAUUGGUUCUCUUUUGGCCACUAGGUCAACACGGGUCUUGUGACGACGUCAGUGAUCAAGCCAAGCAAGUGCUGCCUGGUGCAACGUGUAGGUUAAAUUGGUAUUGCUGACCAAGCAAGUAAGAGCACUGUCGGGGACUGCAAUCGGCACGGUGACAGCAGUCAAGAUUAUUCAUUAUUCACCCCUUGUUUUUUUUUCCUGGUAGGUUUGAUUGUUUCUGAGGGCAUAACAACACACACGAGAGACAAACGAGUAACCUCAAUCUCAGUCUUGCUGGAAGUAUUCUGCAAAAGUGCACUUACUUGGUUGGUCAGUGCCGUUGCAGAUGAUGCCAUUUUAUGCAGUAGACUCGCUUUAAGGCCAACCUGAAGUCAUCAUGGGAAAUAUUUCUAUCUCAUUGGCAGUUCACCUUGUAACAGGACUGUGCUGUGUUCAUAAGCAACUCUACAAAUGUUCUUGCACUGGUCGUGUCACUGGGAAAUUACUUUCAACAAAGCUUGUCUUUAUGAGAGAGUACUGCUGGGGUCUCAGCUUGCAUCAUGCACCAGGCUGCACACAUUGUACAGACUUCCCCACAGGCUGUUGUGUGGCAUGUCCAGUGGAGGGAUGAGAUAGUUAUUGUAGAUAGAUAGAUCUGUGGUUUACUGAAGUGAAGGGAGAAAGGUCGAACACAUUGAGGGUGUGGGGUCUCGUGGGCCGCACACACACACAUGCCACCUGCAAACCACAUGCUUGAGACUUUGGCAUGUGUGUUCGUACCAUCCAAAAGCUGUGAUCACUGCUGGUCGAAGGACUCCGAGACCCAAACGAGCUGACGGUGAAUGUGAAACGUGUGGGUGGCACGUUGAGAAGUCGUUUUUUGAGUUGUUCGCUUUGUGCAGUUGACAAUUUACACUGUUGCAAAUGGACCAUGGCAGCGGAGACCUGCCAUUCCUGAGCAGGGUCAUGAAUGCUUUUUUUUAGUGUGCGUGUGAUGGGCAGCCGACAAAGUCUCUAGACUAGUUGAACAUCUGUAGAAGCUCACGUGCAGCUAGCCAGAAAGCAAUCUUGCAACAAGACGUUGGAAACAGUGCUGCUCAAGCGUACUGAUGUGCAAGUUAUAUAUACCGUAUUACUGCGCUGAAGUUUCUCACAGCAGAGUAAAAAAAGAAACAGUUGAACAGCAACGUGUUUCACUAGUCUAAUCCAUUUUUUUUGUGUAUUGGUGCUAAUGGUUAUGCUAAGUAUUUUGGCUGACUUGAAUUUCACAAGUCCUGUAACACGCUGUCUAAAAAUUCAACUAGAAAGCUUUUCAGUAAUUAUGGUCUGUACGCAGUUAUCACACAAAUUGUUUAAUGUACCUCGGGUAUUAAUAGUUCACAUUUGAGCAGGAUAGUUCCCUCAACCUGGUUGCAAUAUCGCACUGCAAAAGCUGCGGAAACGGCUCUCGGCAUGUUCAACGAUCCAGAGCGUUUGUUUGGGCCGGCCCGUAUAUGCUGUGAUCAUGCCAGGAAGUGCUAGAUCUUGGCCUAGAACAAAUGAACCGUGCUCCAUUUUGUUGUAUAUAUAUGACACUCUCUUUCUGUUUGUUUUCUCGUAAGGUGCAGCUCUUUUGCCUCAAUCACAUAUUUUGCCCUGUGAGCAGAACAGAACAAUCUUCAUGCCUCAACAAUUUAUGUGACAAAUUAUUGGGCUGGGAGUGCGGCCUGGUAGUGUACACAUUAAAGGGCCCUGAAACACUUCAUUUUCCCAGCAUUACGGCGCUGAAUUGCACGAGAUGUUGGAGUCCUAGAUACGUAUGUGGUCACAUGUGUAGGCCAAGGAAUGAACACCAUUGUUAUUGGAUUGAACAGAACUAGUGCUAAAAUAAAAAGAAAAAUGCUACUCUUUAUAAUCACUCUAUGCUAUGAGAAGAAAUUUAUAGGUAUAGCAGUGAACAACAAAUGUGCAGCUGCGUGAAUUAGUUAUCAGGCAUGUAUAGAUGUUUCCAGUAAAGAUUCAACAGAAAGUAGAGUUGCACCGCCUACAUAAUGGGCAAUGCAAUAAAAAUAUCUUCUAGUUGAGGAACAUAAUAAUAAAGUUAUCGGAAGCAGUUAGAUCAAGUAUCAUAACUUUGGAACCUGCCAGUGCAGGGCAGGCUUGCUAGACAACGAUGGAACUGUCCCUCCACAGACUUAAUUUAACUAUGCCGAUGUUGACAUUGACUUCAGGGAAAAGUCGAUCAAAGUGAAAAGAACAUUAGAGAAGUAGCUUUGUCAUGUAUAUCAGUAAGAAAAUGCACAAGCAGUGACAAGAAAUCUUUAUGGAUUGAUUGCUAAGAUUAGACUAAAUUCUUGAAUUCUUUGCAUGCCGAACCAUAAUAUGAUUAUGAGAAGCACCGUGGUGGAGAACUUUAGAUUAAUUUCGACCACCUGUCGUUAUUUACCGUGCAGUUGAUACACAAGGUAUAUUUUUGCUAUUCACCCCAUUGAAAUGUGGCCACCACAGCCAAAAACCUGCUAAGCCACAGAGGAGGGUGUUGUGUUCAUAUUGCUAAGCAACGUGGGUUAUGAGAGAUGCAAUGGUAGCAGGCACCAGGCUAAUUUUUAGCAUCCAAUGUGAAGUAAAGUCUAAGCACAUGAACAUUCUUGCAUCCUGCUGCCAAUGGUGCGUCUAAUCUCAGCGUAUUAUAAUUGCAGAAUUUCGCAUAAAUCAUACUAGCAUAUAAAUCAUCGCAUAAAUAAUUGGCGCAGGGAAAAGAUGCCAAGCACUGUGGAAAUGAUGGAAUGCAAAUUGAUCUUAACAUGGUCCAAAGUAUGCUCGCUACAUUACGUAUUACCAAUUUAGGCGCUUCAACUCCAGGUUUACGUCGCAAAAUUCCUUUACAGUGAGAUAACGUUUGUUCUCGUGAAGUGGUUCUUAGAAUUUUUUGGCAUUGUAGCUCUUUGAAUUGGGGUUCUUUGGCAUACAUGUACUUCAGAAACUAUGUAGCACUCUAGCUGCAAAGCCCUAGUUGACUACUGCAUGCUUGUCUAGUGCAAACUGCUUGAUCCUUGAGAAUUUCAAUCCGCCUCUUUCAUUUUCCUGUGCUGCCCUCUGCCGUUUUGGUACGGGUUUGGUAGGAGCCAGGACAACCAGUAUUGCCGGAAGCAAAGCCUCCGAGAUAAUGAGACGUUUCAAGAUUUUUCCACCAAGGGAGAGUGCAUUUCGCCGGGGCGUCGUGAAAAAGGCGGAUUGCAACCUACCAGCACUCAAUCACAACGAGGACAAGAAGGAAGAACACACCGCAGCGCUGUUGUGUAUUCUUCCUUCUUGUCCUCGUCGUGAUUUCAUGCUGGUCAAUUGCAAUUCUACACCAACAAGCUCAAGUUUUGAAUAUUUUGAACUCCUUGGGAAGAUUCGAAAACAAUUCAGCAGCUGCAUUUCAGUGUUAAACUGAUGUGUAAUAAAUUUGUGGUGACAGAAUCGGUGACACGAAGUUGAUGUUCUGUAAUCUCAACUGUUGCUGUUACAGAACAUGGAUGAAGAGCAGUUUAUGAUUAGAGCUUGUAGUAGUUUCUUCCAUGUUGGUACCUCAUUUAGUGCAUUAAUGUUCCAAAUUACGAUAGAAGAGGUACGAAGCCUUCAAGCGAUGAGAAAUCAUCAAACAAGGACUAUUGUUGCAGCCGACACUUCAACAAGGAAAAGGCAGGUGCCUCUUGUCAAAAUGUUGGCUCCAGCAAGUAUCCUCGUUUGACAAUUUCUCGUCACUUCAAGCUAACAAAGCCUUAUCUAUGGCUGACCACCUCCUGCCAAAAACACUGCUCACAUGACAGCUGUCUACAAAUUACUUUCUUCCUAUUAAGGAUCGUGUGCGUUCUGCCAUUCCCACAGUGUAUAAGAUGAUCAUACUGACAGCUUUCACUGACAGUAGGAGCAGGUUUCCGCCUAAUUUUUGCACGAAAACCUGUCUUUAAAGAGGGCCUUCUCAAAGGGCAACCUGUGUUAAUGCAUUUGUAAGCUUAUGUAGAAUGUGUUCAAGACAAGCAAAGAGAAUCUCUGCUUGAAGCAAGAUGUUAAGAUGUUAUUAGCUUAAAAACAUUGUGUUGCCUAAACUUUGCCUGAAGAUCUUACAAAAUGUCUGAAGCAUAUGUAUUAUAUUUCAGUUCCUUUGCGACUUGAAAUCAAUGUAUACAUAUAUGUAUGCUGAACUUUGCCUCCACAAAAUAAGAAAGAAAAGUAUGUGUGCUGCUAAAAAUUUCAACUUGGACACCAAGUUCAAGUCAAAAAUUUUAUUCUGUGCACAAAACAAUGAUGUGAAUGCCAUGAACAAUUAUUUUAUGGCCGAAGCCAUCUUUAAGUUCACAUUCAAGUCCUCUUAAUAAAUAUCACAACACUGUAAAAUGAUAAUCUAUUGUUGUAUGUUCAUAAAAUAACAAAUACAAUUUCAACGGAUGAGCAAAAAAGUGCAACUGUAUAAAAACUCUACAUGGUAUCCCAGCAAGCAUGCCUUGUUGAAAAAAAUAAAAUCUGAUGCCCUCUA